AGUGAGAAAACACACACAUUCAUAUUUCACAUAAUCCUCUCCUCUUCCACUAAACUCUUCUCUUACCCACCAAAAACAAAAUAAAAAAACUCAAUCAAACUCACACUUCCUUCCAUUGUUCUCUCUUCCUCCACCACUCCAAUGUCAAGCACAUGAGAAUCUCUAAUUUUCUUAACCGAAGUCACUCACUGCUACGCAUGCCGCCUACAAAUACCUGUCCCUCGAUUUUCACAUUUUCUUAACCGCACCCUCCACAUUAUUAUUACUAUAUCCACCUCCAUUUUUUGUCGUUUCAUUUCUCACACAAACACGAUCUGAAUUCCAAAGAACAAAAAACAUGCUUACAUGCAUAGCACGUCCAAAGAAACUCGAAGAAGAUUCAGAAUCAAACAACAAUGCAAAGAGCGUAAAAUCUUUGACAUGUCAGAUAAAAGACAUGGCAUUGAAAGCUUCAGGUGUAUACAAAAGCUGUAAUCCUUGUACUCCUGCAACCCGCCUCCGAAACGGUGGCUCCGAGUCAGAAGUUUCUGACUCGGAGAAGUUUCGGAGGACGAGGACGUGGGGGAAGGAGAUGGAAGCUAGGUUGAAGGGGAUAUCAAGUGGAGAAGGGACGCCAAGUUCGUCUUCUUCGUCGUUUGGUGGAGGAAGUGGGAGGAGAGUGGUGGUUCUUGAGGAGGAGGAGGGCAAGGAGUGGGUGGCACAAGUGGAGCCUGGUGUUUUGAUUACUUUUGUGUCUCUUCCAAGAGGUGGUAAUGAUCUCAAGCGGAUACGGUUCAGUCGCGAUAUAUUUAACAAAUGGCAAGCUCAAAGAUGGUGGGCAGAGAACUAUGAUAAGGUCAUGGAGCUUUACAAUGUUCAAAGGCUUAACCGCCAAGCCUUUCCGCUUCCAACUCCGGCAAGAUCUGAAGACGAGAGUUCGAAGCGUGAAUCAAUAGCAGACAGCCCAGUGACACCUCCACUGACAAAGGAACAACUAUCACGCAAUUUAUUCCGACCAACAGGAAUGGGAAUGGGAUACUCGUCCUCAGAUUCCUAUGAUCAACACUCAAUGCAGUCCAAACAUUAUCAGUAUGACUUGAGUGGUAUGAACUCAACCCCAAAGGUUUCAACCAUUAGUGCCGCUAAGACAGAUAUAUCAUCAGUAGCUGCUUCUAUAAGAAGUAGCUCUUCUAGAGAAGCUGAUCGCUCUGGUGAUUUAUCGAUGAGCAAUGCUAGUGAUCCGGAUAGUGAGUGGGUUGAGGAAGAUGAACCUGGUGUUUAUAUUACCAUCAGGUCUAUGCCAGGCGGCAAAAGGGAGAUCAGAAGAGUCAGGUUCAGUCGAGAAAAAUUUGGGGAGAUGCAUGCUAGACUAUGGUGGGAAGAGAAUCGCGCCAGAGUACAUGCACAAUACUUGUGAGAUUAUUCAUCGAAAGAUUUGCUGCUAAUGGCUUACAAAAUGUGGAGGUGGUGUUAUUAAUUUUGUUUAAUUCACAGUUCGCGACGCGAUUAGAUACCAAAUGGUGCUACUUGCACCUCUAUCUUUUUGAACUUCAUAUCAUCUUCACGCGCGCGGUUACUACUAGUUAUUAUCUUCAAUGUGGGAAGUAAAUUUAUUUAGUUUCUGUUAGUUAGAGAUACCAGUGAAUCAGUCAAGCAAUUAUUUUGUUGAAACUUAUGAGUAAUGGUUGUAAAUUAUAUAUAUAGCUGUUGACAUUGGAUACAGAAAAUGAGUCAUGUUACUCAUUACUUUUUUGUUCUCUAAGCAUCCAACUUGCAACUCCUAUUGUCAGAUAUCUGCUAUAUUGCACAAAUAAAAUGAACUUGCAUGUGUC